UUGUUUAUCGGACGUGGCAAUAGAUAGUCGUUCACUUUCUUUGCUCACAUUUAAAUUAACUCUUUCUAAAAUGUAUCACGAUGACACCUAAAGUGAUUCGUGUAACGUAUAAGGCUUGUUCGUUGUUUUUCGAAUCGAAUCAUCCCAAAAGAUUCUUUAAAUACAGUUGACCGUAGGUUCAGCCGUUACGGCUUAAAAGGUUACGUUUUUGUGAAAAUAUUACUUUGGACUUGAAUAAAGUUUAGUGUUUCGGCUAAAUUGCCCAGCAAUUUGGAAACGACAGCAUAAUGGAGAAAUAUAAGAGAAUACACUCGUACGGUAGCAUGAGCUCUAAUAGAAGCGACGAUGAUAUGACGGUGCAUAGCCAAGUGUACCCGUAUCCUAAGAAAAUGAUUGUAACAAGAGAAAUAUUGUAUGAAGAGGAACAUCCGCCGUUCCAACCACUGUUCGCCACGACUAAGGUUUUCGGGAAAGCGAGGUUUGCGUGUCUUCUAUUGAUUUACACUGUUUUCUACGUGACGUAUCUGUUGUCUGGUGCUUUGGUAUUCUCAGCUCUAGAGACGCCUUUGGAGAACCAGAUAAGAUUGGAAGUAAUUCGUGCGAAACAGGACUUUAUGGUUAAAAAUCCAACUGUUUUGGAUGCUGAUUUAGAAACUCUGUUAGAAGUCGUGAUCGGCGCUAGUCACCAAGGAGUAGCCGCUUCGAAAAAUGUCACCCAGGGACCAAACUGGACUUUUGGUCAAUCUUUAUUCUUUGCCUCCACUGUCGUUACUACAAUUGGUUACGGCCACGUGACACCAUUGACAAAGCCGGGCAAGCUAUUUUGUAUGGCUUAUGCUCUUCUGGGAAUUCCCCUAACUCUGGUGCUGCUAUCAGCGCUUGUGGAACGUCUACUGCUCCCUGCCACUGCACUUCUUAGAGCUCUUAACAGCUCUCUUGGACACCUGUAUCGGCCGUUCACGAUAAGACUUGUGCAUCUUAGUAUUAUUGUUCUAAUGUUGGUCGUAUUUUUCCUGGUGAUACCUGCUACGAUAUUCUCUGUGUUGGAGCCCGAUUGGGAUUAUUUGGACUCGUUAUAUUAUUGCUUCAUCUCCAUCACCACUAUCGGCUUAGGAGACUAUAUACCCGGAGACUCGCCAGGCCAAGCUUACAGGCCUCUAUACAAAGUUGCUACUACUUUUUACCUCCUGCUCGGCCUAACGUUCCUCAUGUUAACUCUGACAGUAUUCUACGAUAUUCCACAACUGAACCUCAGCAGUGUAUUCUCAUCCAUGAAACUAGAGGACGACCCCGAGAAAAUGCGACUUAGUGGCUCCGGCAUUUGCCCUGGGUAUGGCGUAGGAGGCCUAAUGAUGAGAGACGAUUACAAUCAUCAUGACCAACGCCGUUCCGUGGUUCAAAUCAGGCCGCAUUUAGAUGACAGCCCUAGCCCUGAGGACACAACGCCAGUACACGCAAGAGAUAUGAGGGUGCCGUAAUUUUUUUUUUAAAUCUCAAGUGCCAACUUCUUAUUCUGACCAUAAAUAAUGUAACCUCUUUUGAAUUACUUUUGGCCAAGACUUCUAUUGUCUAUAUUUCCUACUACAGAUACUAAUGCCGUGCUUUAGAAGCUUUAAGUCGGCAGCCUUGUAACAUGUUAUUACUUAUCUACCGUAUUAUACAUUAGUAAAUUAUCAUUAUCUCAGGUCAUCACCUGAGGUGCGUAAAAUUUUUGCUCUUUCUCGAUAACGCCCAGAUAAUUAAUUUUUAAUAUGCUUACCUAUUAUUAUUAGUAGUUUGUUUGAUUAUUAGUAUAAAUGAAUCGGUCUAAUAUCCUAACUCAUUUGAAUUAAGAUUGUAGGAUCAUGUUUUAUUUUUGUAACAAUGUAAUAGUUAUAUAUAUUAAUUUAUUUGAUAUGUAGAGGAUAUUUCAAAAUAUAAUUUUAUGGAUGGUAUUGUAAACGCGUUAUUAAAAUGAUGCAUAAAUAUUUAAUGGUUUAACGUAUAUUUAUAGAUAAAUGUAUAGUUUUGUAAAAUAAUAAUGUAGAAUAUCUAUUUGGCAAAUGUAGAAUGAAACUAUUUACACAAAUAAAUAAAAUUAGAGUUUAUCUGUAUAGGGUAGAAAAAAAUAUCUAGAUUACUGUCUAAAUUUACCACAUGUCUGAUGAUUAUUGAAAUAAAUUAAAACUAUUCGAGCAGUUAUAUCCCUAAAUAUUAUACAAUUUUAAACAAAAUAUACAUUGUCAGCAUUUAUCACAGUAAAACUGACAUUGAUUUUGAAUAUUGAAGAGAUGAAGAUUUUUAGUAAUUGCACCGUCUCUAAUAUCAGACAAAUUAUACAUCAUAUCAACAAUUUUAGAACACGAUAUACAAUAUUUUUUAACGAUAACGUAAGGAGACUAUUGUCUAAUAAUAUUACUUAUUUCGAACCUAUAACUUGAGGUGAAGCAGGUUCUGUAUGAGCUUAAACGAUUCUAUCAGAGUAGUUCGCAAUUGUUUAAAAAAUAACGUUGGAAAUAUUAAAGCACAAAAUAUAAUAUCAGACUUACGUGUAGCGUCUAACACAAGUGACUGUUGUAGAUAUACGCAAAAAUCCUUUCAAUUUAUACGUAUUCAUAUUAGACAAAGUACUAUGAGUGCAAAAAAAAUGCUUUUGUAUUUUAAGGUAUUAUGUAUUUGUAAUAGAAUAAUAAAAUAAAGAUCUAUAUAUACCUAACA